GGGCCGGGCCGGGCCGGGGCGACGAUGGCGGAGGCGGAGGCGGAGAGCUUGGAGACGGCGUCCGAGCACGAGCGCAUCCUGCGCGAGGUGGACAGCACCGACACGGCCUGCAUCGGGCCCACCCUCAGGUCUGUCUACGAUGGCGAGGAACAUGGGCGCUUCAUGGAGAAGCUUGAUGCUCGCAUCCGGAAUCAUGACCGUGAGAUUGAAAAGAUGUGCAACUUCCACUACCAGGGCUUUGUGGAUGCCAUCACAGAGUUCUUGAAAGUCCGAGCCGAAGCCCAGAAGCUCAAGAAUCAAGUGACAGACACGAACAGAAAACUGCAGCUGGAGAGCAAGAAGCUGGUGGGGACAAUGGAAGAGCUGAAACAGUGUCGUCUCCAGCAGCGGAACAUUUCUGCAACCAUGGACAAACUCACGCAGUGUCUUCCUGUUCUAGAGAUGGAUAGCAAACUGAGAGAGCAAAUGAAAUCUAAAAGACACUACCCUGCUCUGAAGACACUGGAGCACCUUGAGCACACAUACCUGCCGCAGGUGAGCCACUAUCGCUUCUGCACGGUCAUGGUGGACAGCAUCCCUCGCCUGCGUGAGGAAAUCAAGGAAGUCUCCAUGUCUGACCUUAAAGACUUUCUGGAGAGCAUCCGCAAGCACUCAGACAAGAUCGGUGAGGCAGCAAUGAGACAGGCCCAGCAGCAAAGAAGCCUGGACAACGUUGUGUCCCAGCCCUCCAAGGCCAGUGGCAGGAGGCUCAAGAAGGAGGCACGUGCAGGCUCAGACCUGGAGGGCAAGAACACCAGCCCGAUGUCCGAGCAGGAUUCUGGGAUCCUGGACGUCGAGGAGGAGGAGGAGGAGGAAGAGGAGGAGGCAAGUGCCCGCAAAGUACCCGGGGCCCAGGAGCUGGUGGAUUUCUCGCCUGUGUACCGUUGCCUACAUAUCUACUCAGUUCUGGGCGCCCGAGAAACCUUUGAGAAUUACUACCGGAAGCAGAGGCGGAAGCAGGCCCGGCUGGUGCUGCAGCCGCCCUCCAACAUGCAUGAAACGCUGGAUGGCUAUCGGAAAUAUUUUAAUCAGAUUGUGGGUUUCUUUGUCAUCGAAGACCACAUCCUGCACACCACGCCGGGCUUGGUGGACAGAGCUUACCUGGAGGAGCUGUGGGAUAUGGCCCUGUCAAAGACCGUUGCAGCCCUGAGGACUCACUCGUCUUACUGCUCCGACCCGGACCUGGUCCUGGACCUGAAGAACCUCCUUGUGCUUUUUGCUGACACGCUGCAGGCCUACGGCUUUCCUGUCAACCAGCUCUUCGACUUGCUGCUGGAAAUCCGGGACCAGUACGGCGAGGCCCUGCUGAAGAAGUGGGCGGGAGUCUUCAGAAAUAUACUUGAUUUAGAUAAUUACAGUCCCAUUCCUGUGGUCUCUGAUGAGCUGUAUCAGAAAAUGGUGGGCCAGUUUCCAUUCCACGAUGCAGAACUAGAGAAGCAGCCGUUCCCCAAGAAGUUUCCCUUUUCCGAGUUUGUGCCUGGAGUUUACAACCAGAUCAAAGAAUUCAUCUACGCUUGCCUGAAGUUCUCUGAAGACCUUCAUCUCAGCUCUACGGAGGUUGAUGACAUGAUCCGGAAAUCUACCAAUUUGCUGCUGACUCGAACGCUGAGCCAUUGUUUACAGAAUGUCAUUAAGAAGAGGAACGUUGGCCUGACAGAGCUGGUCCAGGUUAUAAUCAACACAACACAUUUGGAGAAAUCUUGCCAGUUCCUGGAGGAAUUCAUAACCAACAUUACAAAUGUCCUCCCAGAAACCGUCCACACAACUAAGUUAUAUGGAACCACAACCUUCAAGGAUGCGCGCCACGCUGCAGAGGAAGAGAUCUACACAAACCUGAAUCAGAAGAUAGACCAGUUCUUGCAGCUUGCAGAUUACGACUGGAUGGCUGCUGAGCCCAGUGCCGAGGCGAGCGGCUAUCUGGUGGACCUGAUUGCCUUUCUACGGAGCACCUUUGCUGUCUUUACACACCUGCCUGGCAAAGUGGCCCAGACGGCCUGCAUGUCCGCGUGCAAACACUUGUCCACCUCCCUGAUGCAGCUGCUCCUGGAAGCGGAAGUGCGGCAGCUCUCGCUGGGGGCCCUGCGGCAGUUCAACCUGGACGUCGAAGAAUGUGAACAGUUUGCCAGAUCCGGCCCAGUGCCUGGGUUCCAAGGGGACACGCUGCAGUUGGCCUUCAUCGACUUGAGACAACUCUUAGACUUGUUCCUCCAGUGGGACUGGUCCACGUAUCUGGCCGAUUACGGGCAACCGACUUGCAAGUACCUUCGUGUGAACCCAGCGACGGCGCUGACCUUGCUCGAAAAGAUGAAGGACAGCAGCCGCAAGAACAACGUCUUUGCCCAGUUCCGGAAGAACGAGAGGGACAAGCAGAAGCUGAUGGACAGCGUGGCCAAGCAGCUGCGUGGCCUCAUCAACAGCCAUCACCCUUGAGGCGGGGGGCCGGGUUG